AUGGACGGAUUAUCAAACCAGGGCUUGGGUCGCGCGAAUAGCGACCAGAACGUUGAGAGUAACGAAAACAUCGACCUUGGCAAUCCCCCGCGAUGGAAUGGCCUUAGCGAUUGGGAGCUGGAUCAGCUAGAGCAACAACAGCGUCGCGGAAGCAAUCUCCAAGUCCAAACCUGGCUCCAUCACCAACCGAACUCUCAGCCAUCACAGAAUACCUUCAUCACUUCCCAAUCGCUACCCCAACGCCAACUUGAUAACUACAAGGUUAUUGACCGUGUCGAUGAUGUGCUUAGAAAAAGCCGCAGGCCAUCAGCUCAGGCAAUUGAUGCUCCCAGUACGACGGGUCCGCGCGGUCGGCACAUCACCACAUCGAGCAAUGUUACAUCGAUUGAUGAACGUUUGAUGCAGAGGCCUAGGCCUUCAGCACAGUCUUUUCUGCCAUUUGGGACCACCUCCGACAGACAAAUAAGAUAUACCGACAAUGGCAAUCAUGAUGAAGGGAGACCUCCAGGUUUAGCAACACCUCAAAGUUCUUCUGCUUUCACUACUCUCUCUGGACCCCAUACGCGUGGUACUUAUAAUCAACCAACUGGUCCGAUUUCCCAGCAAACAGCUUGGUCAGCAGCCGGCACAGACACAUCUUCGGGUUCAAAGAAAGUGCCUAAACGCCAAAACAGUCGCUCAACGGAUGAUGAAGCGACUAGCAAAUAUCAGCUCGCAAAGCGAUACAGACCCGGACACAAAAGCCAAUCGGUACACCGUACGUUGCCAGCAUCAUCUGGUUCUUCCAGAUUGGCCCAGCCAGGACCAGGUGUGACACUGCAAACAAUUGAGGAUACACCAGCGUCUCAGCGGCGAACUCGAAAUAUUCAACCAUUGUCAGCUUCUAGUGGCUCCAAUUCAUCCAAUAUUCGGAGAGACGGGCCAGUACGUGGGCGUCCAAACGAUCUGGUCACGCCCGAAGAUUUUAAAAACGCUUGCGAGACAUGCUUCUUCUGGCUAUUAGACCCAAAGCGCUUUUCCUCUCCUGAAAGGCAUGCCUGCUCUGGCCGCAAGGAUGAAAUAUCACACAUCGUCACUCACGCCGCCGACCAUCAUGGUCUUAUUCGUGGAAAAGAUCCGAACAAUCCUGCUCGCAAAUACCUGACCAGUUGUCACAUUUUCGACCCUUUCAACAAAGCGAAAGGAAACUGUGACAAAUGCAGCUCAUUGCACGAGUGGCAAGGGCAAGAUUUUGCAGAUCAAGAGCAUCACGGCAUGGCCCUCUGUUUGCGAUGCUGGCGUACGUUUGGGAAGAAGGGCAUGCAAGAUCAUAUGGCUGAACCGUUAUGUGAUUACAAUGCGGAGCAACCAAAGGAGAAGAAGGUCUGUAUUCUAUACACCACUUUCUGCUCUGAUACCCAAAAACCCAGUGGACCUCCUAAAAACAUGCCACCCCGUAAGUCGAACUAUCGAAAUCCGGCAAACAAAUACAAUCGCACCAACCCGAGACAGCAAAGCAAUAACAACCAGACACAUCGCCAACCUGUCUUCGAGCAGUCUAACCGUGAUCUUCGCCCUGCUUCGUCAAAGGCUCCCCAAGGACAGGGGAAACCAAAGGCCUCUCCAGCAUCCACAGUCUCUCCGGCGACCCAGGACCGGUCACGCAUAGAGAGGCCCAACCAGUUUCCUCAACAAGCAUUGAGAAACCCGCCUAAUCUACAGGCAGCACCUGCACAUCCUUUCUCAUGGCAGCAGCCAAAUGCCCAGCAACCUGCCCAACCGCCAAUUGCUCUGAUGAUAUAUCCAAAUACCUCACCAGAGGCUGUCGCAGGUCUGGUGAAGAACAUUCAAAGAAACGGGAUUCAGGAGGUCACUCAAUCUCCCUACUCGUCAAUGAGUCAAGCAACUUCCUUUAGAAGUCUACAAGGUGGAUCUUCCGGAUACAGCUUUCAACCACAACAAGCACAGCCACAGGCACAGAGCAUACUUCCCCCAUCUUACCAAUAUUCGAACUGGCAGCCAUCAUUCCAACAAUCUUCUCCACAGACAUUCUCACAGGCACCCCCUCAGAACGGCGAUUUCACCCGGCUUCUUCAACCUGCAUCUGCACAAAACGAGUCGUCACAACAGUCGUUUGAUCCAAACUUCUUGAUGCAUAAAACAGCUGCGAACGAGCGUCAAGGAUCACGCAUGCAAGCACCAACAGGCAUGAAUUCGCCUAUCUACAAUGGAGAAGACAAAAUGCUCUUUGGGGCGUGUCUCGACGCUGUAACUACAGAUUCGAAUUUAUUCCAGGACUCGGCCAUGCCAGUCAAUGAUAGAGAUGUGGCAGUAUCCUUGUCUGAUAUAUUAUCCCAGGUUCAAUCCACUGCUUCAAGGGUGCCAUCUACCGCUGGCGAAUCCAUGGGGCUCAUGCAACGGUCACCUAAGGUUGAGGAGAACCUGUGGUUGGAUCAGCCGCCGUUUGAUGAUUUCAAUGACAUGAAUUUUGACUACAUUGGGUCUAAUCCUAAGCUUCAAGUCACUGUCGAGAUGGUAGAGCCUCCACCUCGUCAACCAGAAGAAAAGCUUCAGGAUCUAAAGCCCAACAGUCAACUGUCGCCCUUGCACCACAAUGCUCUGGAGAAAGAUUCAGGCUAUCACACCCAAUCAGGGAUAUUCGAUGGACCGGAUAUGGACCUCAGCACCAUGUUCAAAUGA